AUGAAGAGUGAGAAGCUAUAUCACUGGUCACAGUGUGGGAAGAGUUUUACUCAGCAGAGUGCUCUCCAACGACACGAGCGCAUUCACUCAGGAGAGAAGCCAUAUCACUGCUCACAGUGUGGGAAGAGUUUUACUCAUCAGAGUACUCUCCAACGACACCAGCACAUUCACACAGGAGAGAAGCCAUAUCACUGCUCAAAGUGUGGGAAGAGUUUUACUCAGCAGAGUACUCUCCGACAACACCAGCGCAUUCACACUGGAGAGAAGCCGUAUCACUGCUCACAGUGUGGGAAGAGUUUUACUCGUCAGAGUGAUCUCCAACAACACCAGCGCAUUCACGCAGGAGUGAAGCCGCAUCACUGCUCACAGUGUGGAAAGAGUUUUACUCGUCAGAGUGAUCUCCACCAACACCAGCGCAUUCACACAGGAGAGAAGCCGUAUCACUGCUCACAGUGUGGGAAGAGUUUUACUCAUCAUUGUUCUCUUCAACACCAGCGCUUUCACUCAGGAGAGAAGCUGCAUCACUGAUCAGUCUGGAAAGAUGUUUACUUAUUCAGUUACAUUUAAAACCUACAAGUGCACCAACUUGUAGACAUU